AUGCCCAGGGCUGGACUCCUGCUGCUGCCCCUUCUCCUCUGCUACGGGCCAGAGACCACCAGGAGCAUCAAGCCGGACGCACUCAAAGUGAUUGUGAAUUAUGUUGAUAGGUUUCGCCCUGACAAGGACGGCCAAUAUGCAGUUGCAGUGAGCCUGCCCCAGGCAGCGUGUAAUCUCCUCGACGAGCAGCAGCUGAAGGAGUACCUGAGUGAGGCGGAGCUGAACGAGAUGAAGACAAAACUCAACAACAAGGAGCUGUUCGAGGGCCAGAACAUCACGGCCGUCCGGCCCAAGUUCCAGAAGAAGAACUCCACCCUGCACUCUGAGUUCCUGCUGCUCAGCCCGGACCAGAAUGGCAUCAGCCCCAUCUCCCGCCUCCUGGACAAGACCCGGGGCCAGACGACUUGCCCAGAAACCCACGUCCCGGGCAAGGAAUGCGGCAACAACUGCUACAAGAAGUGGUCCCAUGACCAACGCUGUGGUUGGAACAGCUGCCUCAUCUUCUUCACCAAGAACUCACCAUGCCUGGGCACCUGCCUUAAAAACUCGAGCUGCUUCUACAUCCGGGACCUCAUGGACGGGAUCUUCGGUGCCAUCAAGAGCGACUUUCAGGCGUUGGCCUUCCGGCAGGUCUACCCACCAGACAAGGCCCAGAAACGGAAGGCAUUGUGGGAAGCCUGGCAAACCAUCCAAAACGCCCCAAUGUACAAGUGUGAUAACAACGGCUGUGCCAGCUGUGAGGAGAAGAUCCUCACCCAAAACCCCUGCCUCGAGGGGGUGCCAGAGAUGGAGGCUGUACCACAGAGAGCCCAUGGGUGAUGGGAUCCCAGAGGGGAUGAGGUGGCUGGCUGGGAUAAAACCAGUCAACACACCAGUCAAUUCAUCUCCCUAACACACCCCUCUGUCUCUCUGUCACACCCCCUAUCUAGCCAUCACCAUAGAUACGGGGGGGGGUGGCAAUCCCUCCCCCUUGCUCUCAUUUCUAGGGUGCCCAGCACCCUGCUACAGCAGUCCUGGAUUUGCCCAGCAAUCUCUCUCGCUCUGUGUGGUGCCGCAGCUCUAUCUGUGUCAUGUGGGUGCAAUUCCAGCAUGGAGCUCUGAGUCCAAACGAGGGUGGCACGGAUGGGAUGUGUCAGUGGA